GUGUCAGCUUGAACUUCAUUUCUUGCUCCUUUCUUUCUUACAGUAUACCUGAUACCCAAUCACUGUCUUUACUCAAACUCUCAUCUGCAUCUUUGAUACCCCCCACACAUCCAUCAUGUCUGACACAUCCAUCUCCCCGUCGGGGUCUGAGAAGGACCGCCGCUACGAUGACAAGAAGAACCCUACCUCCAACCUGUUCGACGAUGCUCCCAUCGCCGGCGAGACAAGCGAUGAGUUCCGCGAGGAUGUUGAGCGCGCCAAGGCCCAAGAGGGCGAGCAGAAGUUUCACCGUCUGGGAUGGAGGCGUCUGACCGUUGUGCUCAUCGUCGAGGCCAUUGCCCUCGGCAGUCUGUCUCUGCCCAGUGCCUUUGCGACUCUCGGCAUGGUUGCCGGUGUUAUCUGCUCCGUUGGUCUUGGUUUCCUCGCCAUCUACACAAGUGACCUUGUCGGCAUGGUCAAGAUCAAGUUUCCCGAGGUUGCCCACUACGCUGAUGCUGGUAGACUGGUUGCUGGUCGCUUUGGAUACGAGCUGGUGGGAGCCAUGUUUGCCCUGCAACUGAUUCUGCUUGUUGGUUCUCACUGCCUGACCGGUACCAUUGCUUUCCUCAACAUUACAGACAACGCCAUCUGCUCCCUCGUCUUUGGUGUCAUCUCUGCCAUCAUCCUCUUCGUCUUGGCCCUCCCUCCGUCCUUUACUGAGCUCGCCAUUCUUGGUUACAUCGACUUCGUCUCCAUCAUCCUUGCUAUUGGUAUCACCAUGAUUGCCACUGGUAUCAAGGCCAACCAGUCCGCCGGUGGACUGUCUGCUGUUGACUGGUCGCCGUGGCCCAAGGAGGACCUGUCCUUUGCCGACGCCUUCAUCGCCAUUACCAACAUUGUCUUCGCCUACAGCUUUUCCAUCUGCCAGUUCUCCUUCAUGGACGAGAUGCACACCCCCACCGAUUACAAAAAGUCCAUCUGGGCUCUUGGCCUCAUCGAGAUUGCCAUCUACACCAUCACCGGUGGUGUUAUCUACGCCUUUGUCGGAGUCGACGUCAAGUCUCCCGCUCUGCUCUCUGGCGGCCACCUCAUCUCCAAGAUUGCCUUUGGUAUCGGUCUGCCCGUCAUCUUCAUUUCCGGAUCCAUCAACGGCACUGUCGUCGGACGCUUCAUCCACGGUCGCGUUUACAAGAACUCCGUUAUCCGAUAUGUCAACACCACCAUGGGAUGGGUUACAUGGACUGUGCUCAUCGCCAUAAUCACUCUCGUCGCUUGGAUCAUUGCCGAGGCCAUUCCCUUCUUCUCGGAUCUUCUGUCCAUUUCAUCGUCGCUCUUCAUCUCCGGCUUCACCUACUACUUCCCCGCCAUUUUCUGGUUCGUGCUGCUCAAGGAGGGAAGCGUCUGGGAGCGCAAGAACCUGGUCCACUUCGCCCUGAGCAGUCUUUCUAUGGUUGUCGGACUUGUUGUGCUGGUUUGCGGAACAUACGCCAGUGUUGUUGAUAUUAAUAACCAAUACAAGGCCAAGACUGUCCGUGGUCCUUUCACUUGCGCGCCUCUUGCUUAAAUGAAGAUUUGUUUGCAUGGCGUUACUUUUAUGAAUCUGUAUAUUUUAUGAAGACAUGUAUUUUUUUUUUUUUUUUUCCUGUAUGAUGAUUUCCAUAGAGUAGAGUUACAAUGGCUAUAGCGCUUCUACUUGUUUACCAUAUCCGGGCCUCUGUAAUCCACGCUUAUAAUUACGCUUAUCUUCUGAAGUUUUAAUCUAUUCCGCGUAAUCAAGGUCUAGAAUCUCAUUCUUCAGACGGCCUUUUCGUUGUGAUUUUAACCUUUUGACGCUACCCCGUGUUUUCAUGGCACAAAAUGCCCGCAAGUUAAUCGUACCGAUGAUACCCGCGGGUGGAUAUGAGCGGAUCCCAGAUCUCACACUCCCUAGAUUGUAACGCUCAACUCCAUCUUGCGCCCAGUUUAAGCAAAAUGCGGAGGCUUAUUAAGAGAUAAGCGAUGUGUCGUGCAUGUAUCGUUAUCACGGGAAAAAUAACAUCGUGUAAGUGGUGGUGGUGGUGGUGGUGGUUGUGGUGAUAUUAAGCGGCCACACUUACGGGAUGGCGUUGAAACAUUUUUUUGUGGCGUCGAGCUAGUUGAAUUGACUUUGUGCUCGACCAUUGUCUACAAUGCUUGGCAGGUCUAGAACAGGGAGAAGGCAAUAGGGCUGAGAGGGGUUGAUGGAAACGUUUCUGCACGGCUACCAUGAUGGACUUUGUGUGUCAGUUAUACGCUUUCAGUGCGUGAGGAUUAUACAGUAAAGUACUCCGUAAUGGGCUGGU